GACCGAUACCGCUCUGCCUGCCUCCAGAAAUAUUAAGAUAAUUAUCAAGAGAUCUUAGAAACUCUGAUUUGCUACCAAACCUUCACCAAAAUCUCUCCCACUGCUUGCCACCUUCGUCUAUUCCUCAACCCUAGAAGUCACAGGGUCAGCACCUUUCGAUCAAACUAUCUCACACUCAAAAUGGGUUCUGUCAGCGCCCCACUGUCUGGUCUCGAUGCUUCCUUGUUGGAAAUUCUCCUUAGCCCAUCACCCAAAUCGCCCCAAGAAAGCGCUGCUUUCGGGAGUACUUUCACAAAUCACAUGCUCCUUGUUGAAUGGGACAGCACUGUCGGCUGGAAAGCCCCAAGAAUCGUCCCUUACGGAAGUCUCGCACUCAGCCCUGCCGUAAAUGUUCUUCACUAUUCCAGUACAUGUUUCGAAGGCAUGAAAGCGUUUCGUGGUAAUGACGGAAAACUUCGGCUCUUUCGACCUAGCAUGAAUCUAGCCCGUUUCAAUCGCUCUGCUGCAAGAAUCGGGUUACCUACAGUGGACGAAGAUGAGUUGUUGAAGCUGAUUUGGAAGUUUCUUGAGGUGGACCAGAGCUUCAUUCCCAAUAAGCAAGGACACUCAUUGUAUCUUCGUCCAACGAUGAUCGCCACCAAUCCUGAUCUCGCUCUUGUUAUGCCUACAUCAGCUCUUUUAUUCCUUAUUGCCUCCCCCGUGGGUUCCUACUACAAAUCUGGUUUCAAAGCCAUUACCAUGGAAACUGUACCCUCAGUUCGAGCAUGGCCAGGAGGGGUGGGUGAUUUUAAGGUUGGGCCUAAUUAUGGACCCAGUGUGGUACCACAUCAUCAAGCUCAUUUGAAUGGAUCGAAUCAAACUCUGUGGCUGAUUGAUGGGGAUCGAAUUACAGAAGCCAAUGGUAUGAACAUCUUUGCUGUGAUCAGAAGUAAAGACAGUGAGAAGCUGGAAUUGGCCACGCCGCCAUUGGAUGGUUUAAUCUUGUCAGGGGUGACGCGAGAUUCAGUUCUGAAAUUGGCACGAGAGAAGCUUGCUAGCUCCUCCUUCCACGUGUCGGAAAGAAAACUCACGAUGAUGGAGCUCCAAGAGGCGUCAAGUGAAGGGCGUCUCAGAGAACUAUUUGGCACAGGUACGGCUGUUGUGAUAUUGCCGGUCCGUUUACUUAAGUGGAAGGAGAAGGGUGUGGCGAUUUCUUGUGGGUUGAAUAAUGACCAAGAAGCUGGAGAUGUUGCGACCGAGAUGAAGAGGUGGAUUGAAGACGUACAAUUUGGUCAAGAGAAACAUGAAUGGGGGGUUUCAAUGCCGCUUUCAAAAUAAUCAUGAUCCUGAGAAAGCUCAAGAGACAUGGUGAAAUGCAAGAGGGCCUUCGGUGAUUCGUGUAAAUUAACAAAGUCUUCAUGACAACACUGAAAGCACUUUAGAUUGUCUAUGACUCUGCAAAGUCAUCAUAUUUCAACAAAGAAAGUUCCGCGUACCCCACGUCUGUCUAACUUGAAUUCUAUAGCUUUGACCGCCAAGAACACCUUUUCCAUUAUUUUGUCCGGUGUCUAUUAUUCAAAUAGU